CUAGCACGCACGCACAGACAGCCGGAGCGCCCGGUGCGCGGUGCGAAGAGUGUGAGACAAGUGUAAGAAGAAAGAGGGGAAGCAGAAGAAGAGAGGGAAGGAGAGCAGGGGACCGUGCCGCCCUCUGUACUCAUGGACCAUAAGGAUAUUUAACCAUUUGCCCGGGGAGCGCACAGACACCGCAGUCCAUGCCUCUGCCUUGCCAGGUCAUUGAUGGGAAAUCAACUGGAUCGGAUCACCCACCUCAACUACAGCGAGCUGCCCACGGGGGAUCCGUCCGGGCUGGAGAAGGACGAGCUUCGGGUCGGCGUCGCCUACUUCUUCUCUGACGAAGAGGAGGAGGUGGACGACCGCACUCCGUCCGACUGCGGCUUCACCAAGGACCACAGCCCGGCCGAGGAGGGACCCUUCUCGGUCAGCGAGGUGGAGUACUCCGCCUUCUGCUCCCAGGAAUGCAUCUUCUCCAAGCUGCGGGAGAACGAGGACUUGAAUGUGUACUCGGCCAAAACUUUGCUGACUAUGUGCAAACCGGGGGACCUGCUGGAGCUGGUGGCCACGGCGCAAGCCCCCCACUGGGCCAUCUACGAGCAGGACGACCAGGUGAUUCAUCUGCACAAGGGCGAGAUCCGCAAGGACAGCCUGCUUGAGAUCAGCAGCGGCCGCCACGGGAGGAUAGUGAACAAUCGGUACCGGUACCGACCGCUUCCUCCUGACCUAGUGAUGCAGAACGCAGCGGGACACCUGGGCCUGAGCAGCGAGGAGAUAUGCUGGACCAACUCGGAAAGUUUCGCAGCUUGGUGCCGCUUUGGGAAACGGGAGUUCAAAGCUGGGGGAGAGGCGCACUCGGCGGAGCAGCAGUAUUUCCUCAAAGUGCAUCUGUCCGGCAGCGGGGUGCACACUCUGGUCUUUCGCAGCCUGGAGGACAUGAUCCGGGAGAGGAGGCGAGUGGACGCCAGUGGAAUUCUCAAAGAGCUGUCUUUGGUUAACGGGGGCAAGGAGUGAUCAGGGAUUCCGUUUGAUAUCCUCUCCUCUACCCCCCCUCUCCUCCUCUCCUCUCCUCCUCUCUUUCCCCCCUCUCCCCCGCUGCGCACGGACGCACAGUUUUGCGCACAGGCAAACGUACUCGCACACACAAGCACACACACAUGCAAAAGGACCUGUUGGUUUUGGACUGUUUGUUACGGAUGGACCCCCGAGCUGCUGCUGCUGCUGCUGCGUCUGGACCACAGGCGCUCUGUGGAAAUGCCAUCAAAAUUGCAAGAGUGUUGAAAACUGAGAGAGAGCGCGGCCAUACAAACAGACAACGCCCCUUCAGAUUCAGAAUUCGUGCUGAGUGGCACACACGAUUUCUGCCCCCCCAAACCCCCCAUUCCCCCCUCCUCCCCUUUGAACAGUGAAAUCACCUUUACAGACCGCACAUAGCGCACACGGCUCGGUUUGGUUUUCUGUUUAAUUUCUCGGGAUAAUGGAAGUGGCCCCCUCUCGGCGUAUAGGGCGCCUGCUGCGGCAGACCAGACGGUGAGAGAUGGGGGGGUGAAAAAAGAUGAAAGAUAGGAUCUGGGAUGGCUCUCGAAAAGUCUCCCUUCUAUUUUUUUACUGUUAGCUUUAAGAACCGGGACUGACCAUAACACAGAUCCACUAAUUCAUAGACCUCUGACAGUCCCCAGAUGGCUACGCAGUUGCCUAAACAAAGCAUUUGGCUUGUUCAAGCUCCCCCUCCUCUUUUCUUUUUGCCAUAACAAGAGUAUUGUCAUUUCCACAAUGCUGUCAUCCUGCUCCACAGCACUGGAUGUAUGUGUAAAUUGUAUUCAUAUAUAUUGAUUUGAACUUGAGUCCCUUAUUUUUGUAUUUAAGUUUAGUGGAUUUAACCCUGAUCUCUCUUUUUUUUUUUUUUUUUUUUUUGGUUCAAAAAUAAAUGGAGGUUGAAAUAUGAAAAGAAGCUCUCGGGUCUGGCAGGUGUUGUUUUGGUCACACAUAAUUACGUACACACAAACAGCAUGAUCUCUCACUUUCACUCACACACACUCACACACACUCACACACACAUGCACAAAGAGGGUUAUAUGAAUUAUUUAUGCGCCAGUGCCUCCUGACCUGCCUGGAGCCAAAUGGGCUUCAUAUAUCUGCACAGUAUUUGGAGGCAGUAAAAUGGUCAUCUGCAUCAAACCCAUAAAGGCUUUAUGAAAAAAUCCAUGUGGGAUCUGGGAGCUACAGUACAGAGGUGAUGGGAACAUGCAGUGUUUGGCCACAGGCUGUUUUUUUCGUCUAUGUGUGGGUUUUAACGUCCACGAGCAUGUUGAUCUCCAGAUUACUCCUUGUGUUUAAUUACCACACAUGCUGGCUUCUUACAUCACAUUCCACCGUGGACAAGAUGUCCUCUGUAUUAUCACGAGGAAACACGCUGUGUUUGUUGUGGCACCUGUGUCCCUCUGCAGUGGCGUUAUCUCUGGAUUGAUGUUUUGACUGCUUUGCUCUGAAAGUCAGACGGUGCCUUCCCGUCUCUCUCGGGGGAUCUGCUGUGGUGUCGGCGAAGGUGGGAUUAACCACCUCAGUUGAACUUCUCUCGUCUCCUCACGUUUGGUUAAUUAAGAGUGGAUUUAUGGGAAGCUUCUGCCGUGAUGUGUCUUUGUUCUGCCUGUGAUUGUACAGUAAAUGAGCUGAGGAUGUUUCCAAGCCUAUCUGCUUGGAUCUACACCUCUGGGUGCUUGUGGUUUUACGCUGUCGUAAAUAACCGAGCUGCAGCUGGAGUGGCAGACAAAGAGUUAGCAUGUGUUUGUGCAGGAUACAAGCAUGCAGGGUUGCACCGUGUGUGUGUUUGUCUCUGGUGGGACUUGAUGUUUGUUGCGCUGACAAGCUCAAUCAGACCCAGGUUGUCUCCCUGUUCUGUUUGUGGGUGUCUGAGCGUGCAGAUGUUGCAGUCUCGCCCCUCAGAUGCGUUUCAUGUCAAAAUACAGACUAAUAAGCCUUCGCAUCUUGUAAAUGUGCGUUGAGAAGAUUUUCCCCAGCUAUUGACCCAAAUACUUUGUUCUAUCGGCUUUGCUGUGAAUGUAUUGACACAAUUCUUCUCUUGUUAACUCCCUUUUCCUCUAAUUCUCUUUGGCUCCAGUUGGCUGGUGUUUUCUCCCGUCUUUGCUCCCCCCUCACCUUUUGUUUCUCAUUUUCCAUUUCUUUUUACUGCCGCCACAGCAAAACCACCCCGACAUCAAAUCCUGUUUCACUUUUAUUCUGACAGUUGGCAAGAAAAAUAAUUGAAAUCGUGUUUGUAGAUGUAUUAAAAUGGAUGUUUCAGAUUUGAAAUGAGAAUUAAAUUUGGAUUUAUUUAUUCCAGCUAUCCAAACGGGUCAUUUUUGCAAACAAAUGUCUAUUCUGGAUAAAUUUAGACAAACAUCCAUUUUAAUCUCCUCGCUUUUUCCUGUGUUUCACCCGCUGACGACUGUUCCUGUCUGCUCAGUGCGUUUCUAACAGGCUCCAUGUUAAAUUGAGGUUGCCCCAGGUGGGUGAUUGUGUGUGUGUGAGUGCGUCAGACAUCCCCCCUGUGAGUUUGAGAAAUCAGGGUACUGGGGCAGCCGGUGUUAGAGUUUGUAUGUGUGUUUGUGGUCUGUGACUAAUAGGCCUCGGAAAAAGAUUUACGUGUGUGUGUGUGUGUGUGUGUGCUCCAGGCAGAUAAUGCACACCACAUUGUUAGCUUGAGGAGAGGCUUCUGCCAUCUGACAUGACAUUGUCUGUAUAUGUGUGUGUGUGUGUGCAUCACUUUCAGCUCUAUAUAGUGCACUAUAUGUGUGUAUGUGAGUGAGUGGGUGAAAGUGUGACACCUAACUACCAAAGCAGGUUGUGCCAGUCUGUUCUUACUCCUAACUCGUCAGGUGCCGCUGCUUUGUCAGUGAUUUUGGCAUUGGAUACCGGUGCACAGAGGCACCUUUCGCGGCGGUGUGAUACACUCGGGGCAAUGGCUAUUUCUGAGACUGCCUGCAACAACUGAUGAAGAGUGUCUGGCGGGUUUGUCAGUGGAUGUCACCAUCAGAUGCUGACCAUCGAGACACUCUUCAUGACAGUAUGAUUAGCAUCGGGCAGCAGCUAUUUUUGACGCCACUGGCUACUACUAUAAUGUAAAGAGUGAGAAAGUCCAUAUAGGGUGGGUGGAGGUGGAUGUGGAUGGGUCAAACACUCUCCAGACUUUCUCCCAGGAGCCCGCUGUUAAGUUAUUGGAGUUAUUUCGGCCUGUGCUCAUUCUGAAGUCGUUGAAUACUGCUGCUUUGUCAGUGAUUUCAGCAUCAGAUACUGGUGCAUAGAGGCACCUUCUGUGGCUGUAUGAUACGCACCAGGCGAUGGCAACAACCCAACAUGUCAAAUACCGUUGCUUUGUCAGUGGUUGUCGGCGUUAGACACCGAUGCACUGAGACACUCUUCGGUUCGGACACUCUUCAGUUCUCCUUCAGAAGUCGUUGACUACCGCCGCUUUGUCAGUGAUUUCAGCGACAGACAUCUGACGCCAAAAGCCACCUUUGGCAGCGGUAUGAUACAUGACUGGGCGGCGUCAGUAUGACACACGGUUGGAUAUAACUUUUUGCAGUGUUAUGAUACACUUGCGGUAGGCUGGACGGCACCUUUUGCAGUGGUAGAUAUGCU